AAGCCCAAAACAACAUCGUCUUCAUCUGUGACUCUGUGAGGCCGAUGCAGUAGCCAUCCCCUGCACCAAUUGAAUCCUGACCGUUCAUCUAAUAUCGCACACAUCCAACGGCUCACAAAAAGGGGAUUCUGGGUUCUCAUUCUCAACCCUCCAACUCCAAUUCUUCUUCUUCUCAGCUCUGCAACUCAGAUAUGGCUACUGGUUUCUCCUUUCUCCAUUCCUAAAGUUUCCAACUUUACUUUCAAUUUUUGCAUUGUUACAUAUUGGGUCAUGAAUGCUCUGUUGUUUCAUUCCUGAAGCUGUUUCAAUUUCACAUUUUUUUGGUUCAAAACAAUAAUAUAUAUUGUUAUUGACAAUUUGACAUGCCCUUUAUGUUGAAUUUUCCAUUUCAGUUUCAUAAACCUGUUUCUUGUGUUUACAAGGUUGGUUACUUCCCCUUUGUUACUCAUACAAGUGUUUGUGUAAGCACACAUAGUAACUAUGUUAACAUUGUUUUGUUUUCACAAACAAAGCAUUCUGUGUCUUCAAUUGGGGCAACAGGGUUUCAUGAGUCCACACCACUGUCUAAGGACAUGGUUCCUAGUGUUGAUUUUGGUAUUUCUGAGCAAGAAGAAUAUGGUGAUGAUGAUAUUGAAGGAAGGGAAAAAGAUGAAACAUCUUUUGUUUCUUCUUGGAGGGAGUUGGAAGAAGAAGAUGAUGAUGAUGGAAUAGAAGAAUUUGAUACAUCUUUUGUGUCUUCUCAGAGAGAUGAUGAUGGUGAAAGAAGAGAAAAAUUUAACACACCUUUUGUGUCCAAGAUGAAAUUACAAUUGCCUCCCUGGGGAGAAGUGGAAGAUGAUGAUGAUGAUAUUGGAGGAAGAGGAGAUAAUGAUGCAUCUUUGGUGGCCAGGAAGGAAUUGCCUCCCAGGGGAGAAGUGGUAGAUUAUGGACAGCAAGAGUCUAGACCUUUUGUUACUACUUUGUCGGCUUCUAAAGAGCAUGGAGCUCAAUUUUUGGAGGAAAUGGAUGAGAAUGUGUUAUCUAAUAGGAUUUUGGAGCUUAGCAGAAUUAACAAGAUUAGAAGUGCAAUGGAAUAUUUUAGGUCUAUGGAAUUAUUAGGUCUUUGUCCAAAUAUCCAUGCUUGUAAUUCUCUUAUGUCUAGUCUUUUGAGAAAUGGGUGGUGUGAUGAUUGCUUCAAAGUGUUCAAUUUUGCAAAAACAAGAGGGAUAGCUAUAGGGCAUACUUACAGCUUGAUUCUCACAGCACGUGCAAAAGCUCAAGGUUGUGAUUCGGCCCUUAAAUUCUUCAGGGAACUUGAAAGUGAAUGUGAUGUGGAGAAGGAUUUUGAUGCGAUUGUUUACAACACCAUGAUAUCUAUUUGCAGAAACGCUGACAAUUGGAGUGAAAUUGUGAUGUUAUGGAAGAGUAUGCAGGCAAAUGGGUGUGCUGAAACGCUUGCUACAUAUCGCUUAUUAAUAAGUACUUUUGUGCAUUGUGACCAGAGUGAGCUUGCUCUCUAUGCUUACCAUGAGAUGGUUCAAAACGGAUUUGAACCAAAUAGUAAUAUAUUGAAUGCUAUCAUUUGUGUAUGUGCUAAAGAGGGAAAAUGGGAGGCUGCGUUGAGCACCUUUAAAAAGAUGUUGAAAGGUGAGCUUAAGCCAAACUUAGUUGCUUGCAAUGCAUUGAUUAGCUCACUUGGACGAGAAGGUGAACUCAAACUUGCAUUUCAGGUCUAUGAUAAACUGAAAUCAUUGGGCCAUAAACCAGAUGCUUAUACAUUCAAUGCUCUACUAAGUUCUCUUAACAGGGCCAAUAGGCAUCAUGAAGCUCUUCAGCUUUUUGAGAGGAUUGAAAGAAAUCAAAACUUUCAAUUCAAUGUACAUGUAUAUAAUACUGCUUUAAUGUCUUGCUCAAAGCUUGGUUUGUGGGAUAAAGCUCUAGAGAUUGUGUGGCAGAUGGAAUGUUCUGGAAUGUCUGACAUGACAGUAUCUUAUAGUCUUGUGAUCAGGGCCUGUCAGCUUGCAAGGAAGCCAACAACUGCAUUGCAAGUGUAUGAGCAUAUGCUUCACCAGAAGUGCAGUCCAAGUAUGUUUACUUAUCUGUCCUUAAUAAGAUGCUGUAUUUACGGAGAACUCUGGGAACAAUUAGAAGAAAUCCUAACGCACACUACGCCAAACGCCACUCUUUAUAAUGCUGCUGUUCAAGGGAUGUGCUUACGUGGCAAGAUUAACUUUGCAAAUAAGGUCUACGAAAAAAUGCUGGAGAGUGGUCUUCAACCGGAUGCCAAAACACGAGUGCUAAUCCAUCCUAUGAUAAGGAAGUAGCUAGUAGUCUAUCAGUUGCUGUAAAUAACAUAACAGAGUUUUGAUACGAUGGCCAAAAGCGGGAUAAUAUCAUAGGAAGCUGAAUCAGGGCCAGGCAAACAUGAAAUAAUUCAUUUUAGUUAGGGUAUCGGGAAAGAGAAUAUCAGACUAAAAUGUUACUGUAAGUUUGUAAGAAUUGUAUAGUUACCAUCUCUGCAUUCUUUUUACUCUUUCUAUGGUUCUGAGUAAAGAAGCUUCUUGAUUAAUAUGCAUGUAAAAGUCUUGUAAUUUUAUUUUUUGUGGUAUAUUCAAGAGUUCACCCCAUCUACUGGACUUGGCUGA